GGAGCGAGAGAGAGAGAGAGAGAGAGAGAGAGAGNGNGGAGCGAGAGAGAGAGAGAGGUGGUUGUUUUGUUCGGAGAAUUAUGACGUCAGACGGAGCCACCUCGGCGUCGACGGUGAGGAGAAAGCCGUCGUGGAGAGAAAGAGAGAACAACAGGAGGAGAGAGAGGAGAAGGAGGGCGAUUGCGGCCAAGAUAUUCGCCGGGCUUCGAGCUCAGGGGAGCUUCAACUUGCCCAAGCACUGCGAUAACAACGAGGUCUUGAAGGCUCUCUGCGCCGAGGCUGGUUGGACUGUCGAAGAAGACGGCACCACUUACCGAAAGGGAUUCAGGCCACCCCCAGUUGAUACACCAGGCACUUCAACCAAAAUUACACCCUAUUCUUCUCUAAAUCAGAGUCCCUUGUCUUCUUCCUUCCCAAGCCCAAUUCCUUCCUACCAAGCCAGUCCCUCAUCCUCGUCUUUUCCAAGCCCUUCUCGUUGUUUUGAUGCCAACAAUUCAUCAAAUCUCUUUCCCCAUCUGCGAUCUGCUAUACCAUCUCUUCCUCCUCUCCGGAUUUCUAACAGUGCUCCUGUGACCCCUCCACUCUCAUCUCCCAACUCAAGAAAGAGCCAACCAAUUCCCAAUUGGGACUCCAUUGCCAAACAAUCCAUGGCCUCUUUCAAUUACCCUUUUUACGCCGUGUCUGCUCCAGCUAGUCCAACUCGUCACCAACAGCAACUCCAUACUCCUCCCACCAUUUUUGAAUGUGAUGAGUCUGAUACCUCGACUGUUGAAUCUGGCCAAUGGAUGAACUUCCAGAAAUUUGCAACCGCCUUGUCUGCAAGGCCAACCUCCCCUACCUUCAAUCUUGUGAAACCUGCCACUGCUCAGCAAAACUUGCCAGCCAAUGGAAUGGUGGAGAUGGGGAGAGGACCAGAGUUUGAGUUUCUCGGGGGACAAGUGAAGCCGUGGGUCGGGGAGAGGAUUCAUGAAGUGGGAUUGGAUGAUUUAGAGCUCACACUUGGCAAUGGUAAGCCUCGAAGUUAAACAACCAACUAGGGAUGCAUGCUGCAUAUGAGUUCCAGAGUUAUUAGGAACAGAAGAAAAGAGGUUGGUUUUCUGGUCCACAGAUCAUUCAAUUUCAGCUUGGUGUUGGAACCUGCAUUGCAGCUCUCUGUGAAGGCAGGGUGAAAGAACUGCUUAAACCAGACAUGGUUGAUGCAAGAAAUUAAAAUUUUCGAGAGUGCAAUUUAAGGUCAUAUUAUUCCUUCAUUCUCAAAUGGAAAUCAAAGUAGAUUCAGAUAGUGUGUGAUCUUUCUUGUUGAUGUUCGCCUUUGAAGACUGAGAACUUUUUCUCUUUUUCUUUUUUCUUUCUCUUUUGGUUUGAUUGUAGACUCAGAAACUGGGAAGGAUGCUGUAUAUUUUGCAAUUCGUUUUCGCAACUUAUGUUUCUUCUUUUGCUUGUAUGUCUUUAAGCUCUUGGUCAAAAGUUCUUGCCGGUGGCCCGACAGUGGUGGCUGACUGGCUGGCAUGUUAAUG